AUGGGGCUGCCUUCAAGGCCCUCUAUAGAGCUCUUCUCAUCGUCUACAGUAAGGGACGACAUCUUCAAUGAGAAACAGCGUCGACGUCUGAAGGACGACGAGGACGAGGGCGAAUUCGAGGAUGAACACCUGGAUACGCCGCUGAUAGGAACAGCAACCAGAAAUGGUCGCUUCGUGGAAGAUGGUCCUGAGGAUAAAAGUGGAGACGAGGACGAUGAGGGUCGAUAUACAGAACUGCCCAAGGUCGUGCGAGAAGUCGUGGACUUCGACGAUGAUCCUUCGGAGCUGACUAUGACAUUCCGGUACUUUAUCCUCUCGUCCUUUUUCGUUAUUAUGGGCGCUUUCCUCUCCCAGAUGGGUUGGUUUCGAACAACUCACGCUCCCUUCUCGACAUUUAUCGUGGCGAUCGCAUCGCACUACUUCGGAAGAUGGUGGGAGCAACUAAUGCCAAACUGGAACAUUCGCUUCGGACCAUGGACGUGGAGUCUGAACCCCGGUCCUUUCGGUAUUAAGGAACAUGUGCUGAUUGUCUUAACCGCUGGUGCCGGUGCUCAUUCCAACAUGGGCGAGAUCCUGGUCUCUGUGAAAGAGAUAUUUUACCAGGAGCAGAUGAACCCCUUGUAUGCGAUCCUUUUCAUGUGGGCUUCGAUGUGGACAGGCUUCUCGUAUGCAGCACUUGCACGCAACUUCCUGGUGUACAACCCCGAAAUUCCUUGGCCCACCGCUUUGCAGCAAGUCGCCGUCUUCAAAGCACUACGAGGAUCUCGUGCGAAACCGCAACUCCCAAAAACGCCUAUGAAAAUCUUCUGGAUCGUGUUCCUCGCGAUUUUCGUCUGGCAGUUCCUGCCAGAGUUCGCAUUCCCCAUGCUGUCCAGUUUGGCUUUGUUCUGUUGGUUCUCACCCCCGAGCGCUGCAGCCAAGUUCAUCGGCAGCGGUAUUGGCGGCAUGGGUUUCUUGAACUUUACGCUGGAUUGGAGUAACGUUACGUCGAUGAUUAUCACGCAGCCGUUCUAUGUUCAAAUGAUCCUCUUCAUUGCGUUCGCCAUCAACUGCUGGAUGCUGAUACCUAUCGCAAAGUUUGGGCAUAUGUGGGGAGCGGACACUUUCGAUGUCAUGUCGAACAAGCUGUUCACAGAGAAUGGCACUCAUUACCCGUUCCACAAAAUCAUGACGUCGACUGCGGAAUUCAAUGCAACCGCUUUCGAAGAGAUCGGUAUGGUGCGCGCCGGGCCGCAGUACAUGUGGGGUCUGUUCUUCCAAUAUGCAUCAUACACAUCGGCGCUCGUUUGGCUAGUCUUGUUCCACGGAAAGGAUGUGUGGACGGUGCUGAAAGGCCAGUUUGCUGGGGGCAAGAAGGUCUUAUACUCGGACAAGUUGAAUUGGAUCAUGAGGACAUACAAAGAAGUGCCUGUGAAGUGGUAUAUCGCCCUAUUCAUCCUUUCAUUUACGAUCAAUUUCCUUCUGGUCCUCAAGGGCGAACUGUACCUCCCUUGGUGGACAUACAUCAUCGCACUCAUUGUAGGAGCGAUGUUCCUGCUUCCUAUGGGAUUCGUGUAUGCCGUUUCUGGAUUCGGUGUCCACGUUGGGAUUCUGAAUGAGCUCAUCUUCGGCUACAUGGCUCCUGGCAAGCAUCCUCUCGCGAGCUUGGUAUAUCGUACCGUGUCCGGCCAGUGCUGGUAUCGCGCUGCAACGAUUCUGGAAGAUCAAAAGAUCGGCCACUAUCUGCACAUCCCACCUCGUGAUGUGUUCUUCUCCCAGAUCUGGGGUUCGAUUGUUGGUAUCCCUGUCAAUUACAUCACCAUUCGCUGGAUCCUGGAUACCAAGAUGGACUACCUGACGGGAAAGGAGAAGGACCCAUUGAACCAAUGGACAGGCCAGGUGCCGAUUGCCUACAAUUCCGCCGCUGUGCAAUAUGGUCUCGUCGGCCCCGCCCGUCUCUUCAGGCACGCGGCGUACGCUCCUCUACCUCUCGGUUUCAUCCUGGGAGCCGUAGCGCCGUUAUUGGUUUAUUGGCUGCAUAAGCGCUUCCCAAAGCGGGGGUUCAACUAUUGCAAUUCGACCAUAUUCCUUUCUGCUCUGGGACACUUCAGGGGAUACAUAUCUAGUGGGCCGCUAACGGCUAUCAUCCUCGGUUUCAUCAGUAACUUCUGGCUGUUCCGCUACCAUCAUGACGAGAUCUGGAAGCCUUUUGCGUACAUGUUCGGAGCGGCUAGCGACGCUGGGUUCAACCUCAACAUGCUCUUCAUGUUCCUCCUGACUUCCAUAUUCCACAAGUUCAAGAUGCCACAUUGGUGGGGCAACGCCCCGGACAGUAUCGAACGUUGUUUCACACACUAGACAACUCCCAAUUUCAAUAGAUCAAUCAGUCAACCAUCUCAUCUGGACGACAUCAUAUCUUAAAUACCAAUAUCAA